AUGUAUGAUUUUCUUGGAUUUUUAGAAAUUUCAAGUUAUUCAUCUGACUGGAGCCGUCAUAUUUCUGGUUCUGAUCCAUGCCAAUGGGAUGGUGUAAGUUGCAGUGAAAAUGGGGGUGGUGAUGUUGUAGAACUCCACUUCGCUGGUUUUGAGUUUAGUAAUAGCAUUUUGCAAAGUAUAUAUAAGUUACCAGCACUUCAAGUUCUUGACCUCUAUGAUACCCUUCUUGCCGGUGAGAUUCCCCAAGUGUUUACUCAAUGCACCAAUUUGAUUUCGAUUAACCUCACUCUCAAUCACCUAACAGGCCCAAUCCCUGGGAGUAUUGGUAACCUUGCCAAUUUGGAAACUCUGUCUCUCACUUCCAAUGUUUUAUUUGGAAGCAUUCCUUUACAGUUAUCAUACAUGAAAGAUCUGCAGUUCCUUGAUCUCAGUGACAACCAAUUAACUGGAUCUAUUCCUCCACAAUUGUUUUCUUUGAGUAAUCUGAUGACUUUGGACCUGACCUCCAUUUCGCUUUCUGGAGGCAUGCCUCAGAUUUUUUCAAGAAAUUUGAUUAGGGUGAGCAUAGGUAACAACAGGUUGAAUGGAACGAUCCCUUCUACAGUUUCAAAUGCUCCAAAUUUGGCAUACCUAGAAAUGAAUAACAACCAUCUAAUUGGACCGAUUCCAGAGCAACUAGGAAACUGUAGGGAACUCCAGUGGCUUGAUCUAGGAAACAAUAAAUCGAGAGGCCCAUUAAUCAAUGUACUGCCUAAACUUCUCCAAUUAAAGUAUUUGAAGCUCACAAAUAAUAUGUUUGAGGGAACUAUUCUAGAUGAACUCUCUAUUUUGUCUAGUUUGAACUAUAUUGAUUUGAGUGGCAAUCUACUAUCCGGUAACCUACCCUCAAAAAUUUUCAAGCUUAAUCGUCUGCAGCAUUUAUGGUUACAGAAUAAUCUUUUGACAGGAACUAUUCCACAGAAUAUACAAGAUGCAGUGUCCUUGUUGGAGCUCAGAUUGGAGAGAAACAAUCUUACAGGAACAAUUCCACCGGGAAUUGGCAUGUUGUAG